CAGUGUGACCGCGGCCCACUCGCACGUAAACAUGAUCAGCAUAGUAAUCGUACUAGUCAGCCUCGCGCUGUUUUACUAUUACAGCAUAAAGUCUUUCAAAUAUUGGGAAACUAAGGGCAUCAAAAAUGACAAGCCCGUACCGCUCUUCGGUACCAACCUGAGAAAUUUUUUGGUAAAGAAAAGUAUGACCGAACUCGCAACCGAAGCCUAUUGGAAAUAUCCCAAUGAGAAAGCCGUGGGCUUUUACAGAGCGGUAAGACCGGAGCUGGUGGUCAGAGAUCCUGAACUGAUAAAACGUAUUCUUAUCACAGAUUUCUUGCACUAUUACCCACGUGGUCUCAAUUCCCAGAGGAAGGUAUUCGAACCCAUGAUGCGCAAUUUGUUCUUCGCGGACGGUGACAUGUGGAGGCUGCUGCGACAGCGCCUGACGCCUGCGUUCACCAGCGGCAAGUUGAAGGCCAUGUUCCCGCUGAUCGUGGAGCGCGCAGAGAAGCUGCAGGCGCGUGCCCUCUCCGCCGCUGCUGCCAGCCGCACCAUCGACGCACGUGACCUCAUGGCGCGCUACACCACCGACUUCAUCGGCGCCUGCGGCUUCGGGCUCGACGCAGACUCGCUCAACGAGGAAGACUCUGCAUUCAGGAAACUAGGAACCAAAAUAUUUCAACCUAAUUUAAAGGACAUCUUAGUUUUACUAAUGAAAUCCGCUUUCCCUAGCAUCGGCAGACACUUCAACAUAUUACAGAGAAUUGAACAUGAUAUGUUGCAUUUAACUAAACAAAUUCUGAAGGAGAGAAAUUAUGAACCCGCAGGUAAAAAUGAUUUCGUCGACUUGUUGCUUGAAUGUAGAAAAAAGGGAUUAAUAGUUGGCGAAUCAAUUGAGCGCAAGAAAGAAGACGGAACCCCCGACACGGCGACCCUAGAGUUGGACGACAUCAUUAUGGCCGCACAAAUUUUUGUAUUUUUCGCUGCGGGCUUCGAAACUUCAUCGUCCGCUACAAGUUUCACAUUACACCAGCUUGCACAUAAUCCUGAAAUACAGCAAAAGGUUCAAGACAAUAUUGAUAAAGUACUCGCUAAACACAACAACAAACUGAGCUAUGACGCCGUUAAAGAAAUGACUUAUUUAGAUUGGACAUUCAAAGAAGGCAUGAGAAUGUUCCCAUCGCUAGGGUUCUUGAUGAGAGAAUGCAUCGGUACAACUCCCGUGCCCGAGCUAAACACGACGCUGGACCGAGGUGUGAGAAUAUUUAUACCAAUUCAGGCACUACAGAUGGAUCCCCAAUAUUUUGAUAAACCUGAAGAAUUCCGGCCGGAGAGAUUUAGCCCAGAGGAAGUCGGCAAUAUCAACAAAUAUGUCUACAUGCCAUUCGGAGCGGGACCCCGUGCUUGUAUCGGUGAGCGGCUGGGUCUGAUGCAGUCUCUGGCUGGUCUGGCAGCCAUACUGUCGCGGUUCACGGUGUCACCAGCGCCAGAGACUAAGCGGAAACUAGAAGUGGACGCGGCCUCUGGCAUCAUUCAGAACGUUAAAGGCGGACUACCACUACUGUUCAAGGAGAGGAAAGUGACGUGAUGUGGCUGUUACAUGUAGUUAUUGUGACUUUCUCAUUAUUGACAUUAAGUAUAGCUAUUGUUAUAUAGAUAGGUGUAAAAAAUAUACUUUUAUAUCCCGUAUUUGAGUAUUUUAGAAAUAUAGCCGUGAGAAUAAGCUCAUGUAUAUAUUUCUAAAAAUUAAAAGACCGAAGACUUAUGCAAUGUCAUCUAAAAUGCUGAAGCAUUAGUGAUAUCUAUACAACU